UUCCGACGACGAUUCUACUAAAGAUCUCAUCAUACAAAAUUGUCGGUAGUCUUUAGUUUUCAAAUUACUUGUAAUCAUUUAAAAUUUUAUUUCUACUCUUUACGAUUGAUUAGUCUUUGCCUAUCGAAAGCAGUCUCAUGUGCGGACCUUGGAGCAGGAGUCAUCACAUACUCCGAACAAAAUAAAAAAAACGUAUUAGUGAUUGCUUGAUUUUCUUUCUGUCUUUCUGCUUUUACUCCGAUUUGAGUUUAAUUAUUAGUAGAAACUGUAUCACUUAGAGAUAAAUGAAAAGUGUCAAAGAUGAAAAAAGUUUUCUAGGUCAGAAACAAUAACAUGACUCAAAGGUCGAUGAAAGGUUCCAAAGAUGAAGAAAGCUUUUCAGGCCCGAAACAAUAAAAUGGCCCAGAGGUAGAUGAACGGUGCCAAAGAUGAAGAAGGUUUUCUAGGUCAGGAACAAUAAAAUGGCUCAGAGGUAGAUGAAGGGUGCCAUUUACUUAUGAACAAGGCUGUCUAAGCCAAAAACAAGAGCAUGACUGAAGGGCCGGGCAUCUAUUCUUUCGUGUCUUUCAGGCAAAGACGUUUUUCAGAUGAUUUCACACACACAAGGAACUUGAUUUGGAUAGGACUCACUGCAUCCGACCCGAUCCGAUUCCGGACCCCAAACCCCUCAAUCAAAUCGCGUCUAAUGGCUAUCCUCCGAAUCUGCGAAGCGGGCGGGAGAAGAGAGGAGGCGGGAGGAGAGGAGAGGAGAGGACGACGCGUUGAUAGGCGCGGCGGGGCGGCGUAAUCUUCUUCCUGCCGUCGCGAUCUUACAACGCCCUUGCGGUGAAAGCGAACAAGGAAAUUUCUAACGCCAGAUCUCCCCUUCUCCCCCAGAAAGAUUCGAUCUUUCUGUGUCGUUCCUCUUCCGAGGCAAUCAUUCGAUCGGGAACUGAGCACGCGCUCCGGCCCAUGAAGGGGCGGUCUCAGCUGCCCCAGGCAGAGCCUCCGGUCGACUGGGGCGACGGUUCCUGGACCGUGGACUGCUCCUGCGGUAUCACGUUCAAUGAUGGAGAAGAGAUGGUGAGCUGCGACGAGUGCGGAGUCUGGGUGCACACCCGCUGCUGCCGAUACGUCGGCGGCGAAGCCUCCUUCGCUUGCCACAACUGCAAGGCGGCCUUCCGUUUGCUCCGCUCCGCUCGUAACCUGGAAGCCGCCGACGAGGAGGAGGAGACCGAGGUCGCUCGUCUCCUCGUCGAGCUCCCUACCAAGACGGACGCCUGCCCUCCUCCCCCACCCGCGCUCCCGCCUCAGUCCCACGCCUCCGGAGCCGCCACCCACCGGCCACGCUUUUGUGGGCAAAUCCCCCUCGAGGAGCGCGUCUAUGUGCACGGAGUUCCUGUCGGGAAGCCCAGUUUGUUUGGGGAUUUUUCGACGCUUUUCACGUCUCAGCUCUGGAAGUGCACCAGCUACUUGCCCAAAAGCUUCAAUUUCAGAUACAAGGAGUUCCCUUGCUGGGAGGAGGAUGAGAAAGAGGAGAAAAAAGAGGAGGCAACUCAUAAAUAUGGAGAGGAGGUUGAGAACCCAGCCAACAGAGGCGCCGAUGUGCUGUUCUCCCUCUCCAAGGAAAUUUUUCCUUACGUCCCAGUGAAGAAAUUUGAUUCGGCUAUGAAACUUGAAGAAAGAAAAAUCCCCACAGGCAGCCGCUCUCUUAGCUGCAGAAAUAAAGAUAGGAGCAAGGUUAGGACAUUUGGGCAGGUGAAACUUGCUAAGAAGAGGAGGGAGGAGCCAAGAGAAGCAAAGAAUUGGAGCGGGAAGAAGAAAGCACGAAGUAUUGCUGACAAAAUCGCUGGUGAAAAUAAGAGGCGAGGUUCUAUUCAUUUCCCUGGGACAAAGAUAUACGAAUUUUAUGAGGACAAGGAUCUCCAAGUUGAAGAGGCAUGCAAUCCUGAUCCUAAAAGUGUGGAUGAAAAUGUAGAAAUAUCCUUGGAACCCAGUAGUUCUGGUGAGCCUAAGCACCUACAAACUAAUAGUAAUACAGGGAUAUCAUGCGAAGGUAACAUGUUUGGAGCACAAGCUAAGGUUGAGAAUCUUGAUCAGCUGGAAAAUUCUUCUAAAAUAUAUCUCACCUCCCCAUGUGCUGUAACUGACGUCACAACAUUUAGUAUUGAUGAGGUUGGCAGCAGUGCUGUGUACUGUUUGAAACAGCCCAAAGACGAGAAUACUCUAGGACAUUUUUCUAAGGCUUCUUUGCAUGUUGUAAUGGGCUUAGGAGCUCCAAAGCUUGCCAUUACUGAUCUUGCAAGUGGUUGUAAAGACUUUUUGGAUGAGCCACUACUAUUAGGCUCACAGCCUGCAGUUACAACAAUUACAAAAGUGGAGUUAAAUAAAGAAAUUAACGAGGCUGAUGGCCUAUCAACAGUGAAUUUGAAUGUUCCUGCUCGUCACACCCCUGGAAAGUUGUGUGAUUUAGCUGACCAAGCACCACAACUAAUUAAUCACUUAUCUGAAAACAUUCAGAACCUAGAGAAUAGAUCCAGUUUUGCAUCUUUUGGACAAAGGCUCCAGGGUGUUAGAAGAGAGACUAAAGAAUUGAAAGAAGCAAUGCUUCCAAGAAAUGGUGAGACUAAGAAAAGACGAUUGAAGGAUUCAGUAGAACAUAAACAUUCCCUGGAGAUAGGACAUGGUUCAAAUACUAGAGGUGCUGGAGACUCACAAUCAUCUUUGAGCAAAUUGGUACCUGUUGAGUUGAAUUCCGCAGUCAGCGUCCUUAAGGAUUCUUCAACUUCAUCAAAUUAACUAUUUCAGGUGUUAACUUGUCCACCACGACAUCUAAAUCCUCAGCUGGUAAGGCUAGUAGAUUAACCAAACAAAAACGAGUAAAGGUGAACUCAAGUAUUGUUCACAAGGAAAAAAAUACACCAAUUCCAGUUAAAAUUCUGGAAGAAGUUUCUGAAAAUCCAGCAAAGUGCCAGUCAAAAAUUUCUAUAUUUUCUGGAUUUAAUCCACCACAAGGUACUAACACCUCUAAGCACUUGGUAUCUAGUACAAAAGAAGAAUCACCUUUCCGGUCUUCAAAAGUCUCUGCCAAACACACUGCAAUGGGAACUCUAAGGUCUGACAAUGUGGUUGGUUCAUGGCAGUCUCAAGUGGCUUCUGGUCAAACUAAGCCAGUUUCUUCAAACCUGUCUCAGAGAACUGUAAAGAGCCAUCAAACAGGUUCAUACACUUCAGAAAAAGCUUCAAAUGCCUCCAUGUUUAUGCAUGCAUCUGCCUCAUCUAAUGCUACCUUGAGAUUAAGUGAUGAAGAGGUAAUGUAAGGACUGCAAUCGAAUAUAAUCUCUUAUCAAGGCUAUUUAUUCACACUUUUUUUUUUCUCUUCACAAUCUUACCCAUCCAUUGUUUGUGUUCUUCUGAAUAGAAAUCCCUUGUACAUAAUAAAGCCUGGUUUUGAGUCAGGAUAACUUUCCGACCAAAAACCGGGGUCAUGAUUGUAUGAAGUAGAGAAUAAGAGAAACAUGAGCAACACAAACAUUUUCGAUGGGUUUCCCUCAA